AUUUCCAUGGGGUCUAUAACCGACAAUUUCUCGGAUUGCCAAUGACGACGAUUGAACCUCUGCGACUUGCUUCGUGACGACGACCACUGACGUCCGACAUGGCAGCUGCGUCAGGGCGUACUGCCCACCAACCUACCGCAAGGGAACUCGUGGAAGGGAUUGCCGAGGAGCAUGGCAUUGUUUCUGAAAGCGACCUGAGGGAAAUUGGAGCCAUGAAUCAACGCAUUCGAUCAGUCGUAGAAAAGGCUCUAUUACAGAAAGAUCAACUGAUCGGUUCCUCGAUUUUGACCUUGGCGAAAAAUCUCAACACUAGUCAUGCCCGCUUUGUCUUCGAACUUCUUCAAAACGCCGAUGAUAAUAAGUUCGUUACAGCAUACAAUCGGGGUAUUGCGCCUUGUGUAAAGUUCAGCGUGUACCGAGACCGAAUCAAAAUUGAGUGCAACGAGGAUGGAUUUACCCAUAACGACCUCAAAGCCAUCUGUGCGAUUGGCCAGAGCUCAAAGAAUCGCAGUCAUGGUUACAUCGGGGAAAAAGGUAUCGGCUUCAAAUCCGUCUUCAUGGCUGCCUACAAAGUCAACAUUCUCUCGAACGACUUUUCCUUCAGCUUCACCCAUCGGAAGGGCGACAGCGGGCUGGGGAUGGUUACCCCUAUCUGGGAACCAGACUUUAUUCCGCAGAGUGAACAAGCCCCAAGUUCCAUCAUACUGCAUCUUCAUCAGUACGAUGACGCUUCUCUCUCAGAAGCGGCGCGGCAGAGGGAAGAAGUUAACAGAGAGUUCGAAAACCUUCCAAUCACAGUUUUGCUUUUUUUAAGGAAUCUUCGACGCAUCGAAAUCCAGUUUCACGACGACAAUGAUAAGGAAACAAAACGAGUGGAGUAUUCCUUUUCAACUUCAAGUCCGAGCACUCUCAUAGAGAGAGUAUGGCUAUCCGACCAUGAGUCUUCUUCCGGCGAGACUGUCCAGAGAAAGCAUCAUGUCACACGUCAAAUGAUUCGAGAUGCUCCUCCAAACGAGAAUAGGGAAUUUUCUGAAGGCAAUGGCCGUACGGAUGCUGAGACCGAAGUUAUCUUGGCUUUCCCCCUUACCGAUGAUUACACCCCCAUCAUUGAUAACCAGCCAGUUUUCGCGUUCCUUCCAAUGAUGCCCUUGGGCUUCAAGUUCAUUAUCCAAGCUGAUUUCGUCACCAACUCGUCUCGUGAAGGAAUUGUGAUUUCAUCUGCACGUAACUUGGCAAUCAGAGAUGGUAUCGCGACUUGUUUCCUCAAAGCCGUGGAGGAGAUGUGCCAACAUCCCAUAUUGCAAUUUCAGUGGAUGAGGUGGCUUCCACAGAGACAUUCGUACCCUUGGGAUAGCUUCUGGAGUGGCUUGCUCGAAGACAUUGUAAGCCGUAUCAAGUCAAGCAAGAUUCUUCGCACAAGGCGGAGCGGUCACCUGGGCGACAUCCACUCGCUGCGUCGCCUACAGUCCAAUUGGCUCGACGAAGCUGGGUUUCCGUUAUUCGACGACCUCGAUGCUGAGGUUUAUGUUGCCGAAGAAUACCAGAUCAAGGAUCUAAGUUUACUUGAGCCGUACGGUCUGAAAUGGCUGUCGGCAGACGACAGACUAGCUCGGAUGGAACGGGACCUUGGCCAACCGAUUGACAAAUCAAGGAUGAAGAAUCCGUCCACCAGUACACAAUGGCAUUCACUAGCUGCCAGUACGAUUCAGAGACUCGUCGCUACCGCGUCCCCACAGAGCCUAGCGAGAAUUCGCACUUUGGAUAUCAUACCUCUCAGGGAUGGCAGUUGGACCUCGAUUAAUCGCAACAGACGACCCAUUUACUUCCCCUUCUGUCGGAAUGGUCUUGAAAUUCCCGCAGAUCUUCCCUUGUCUCUUGUUUGCCCAGAGGCAUCUACUGUCGAUGAUCGUUACAAGCUUUUUGAACUGCUCGGUGUUCAAACAGCAGCGGUUGAAGAGGUCCAACAAUUGAUCUUUGAGGCUCCAGUUCCGACGCUGAAGACCGAGGCUACUCUGCUAGCAUCCGUCAACAACAUGAAGUUUCUAUAUUCAUCUUACCACGAUACUUCUUAUGGCGUAGAAAGCUCAACUGCAAUCGCCAAGCUCUUUGUCUUUGAUCAGACAAUGGAUAUUCAGCUAACUCAUCGCCAAGAUGUUUACCUCGCCACAAGCAGUCCCUAUGAGCCUUGCCGUCUUUUACAGCCUACACCAAGUCAGCCAGACGGGUGCUUUGUGUCAUUUUUGCACGAUCAGUAUUCCGAACGCCCUCCAGAGACACCAGCGGGAUCGGAGCAGACAUGGUCUGAUUGGCUUGAGCGUGUCCUGCGAAUACGCCGUCGGCUGAGACUAACCUCUUCUACAUCUCCGGAAAGUCUUUCUCCCGAGCUCGACUACGUCCGCGUUUUUCGUCCCGAAAGCUUUAUCGAAGCACUUCAACAUCAUUGGAUACUACUGAAUCACGAUGACUCGAGUACCGUGAAGUUCCUUCGCAACCUUCGAGACCUCGACAUCACAUGCAAAGACGGCAGGGACUACCCCCUCGCAGAGACAACUUUGCCACUAUUAGAGCUCCAGGCUAUCGUUUCCUCAUACCUUGGAGAUUCAACAAUCAGUUUCCUCCAAAUCAAUGAAGCCGCUCAUUCUGCUUCAUAUCAUUCAAAAUGGGGCUUCUUAGUCAACGAGCUUGGUGUCCGAGCUCAAGAUGAUGUGAACUUGUAUCUGUCAAUUCUUGAAAAGGUCAUUGAAGGUCAGCCACAACAAGGGAGCUACAGGAAGAUUCUGGGUCUCUACGAAAUGAUACAACUUCGGUAUGAGGAGUCUGCAUCCAAAGAGCAAGUUGCCACAAUUGUGAGAAACUUCUGCCGCCAGAGACAUUGCAUCCUAGUUCCCAUGUACAACAAUCAAGAAGAACAAAGAAGGGCCGCUCUUGGAAUCUCUGCAGCUGAGAACAGUACACUGAUCUGGAGAAGGCCGGAUACCUGUGUUUGGGCAGCCCCAGGUGUCCCGUAUGCUUACACUGCUCUUGAGGGGCAAUUCACGAAUGAUUGCUCCGAAGAUCGAGCGGAUUCUCUGGAAAGGUUUAUGAAGGCGACCCUGGGAAUAGGAGAUUGGGACGAAAAUUGCUGCAUACAGGAGCUAAAGCACAUGAAGGGUGAGAAUUGCGAUGAUUUCGACUGGGUUGUGGAAAUCUACGAGUUUCUUCACACCUGCGACAUGUCAGAAAGUCAAUUGAAGGACUUCAGGACCCUCUUCAGGACAACGCCUCUCAUAUUCGUUCCAAAUGGCGAGACGUUCAGAUGGUGUACAACGGCUGAGUGCUUAUGGUCAAGCGGGGCUAAGAUUCAGGGACGAACGACUCUCAGCUCCAUCUACGAAGACUUGGAAGACUUCUUCGUCGAGACACUCGGGGUGCAAAGACUCACUCUUGCAAUGGCGUGCGAUGAGCUUCUGAAGAAGGGCACUGAGCAAACAGCCGCCACCAUUGCCGAAGUUAAAGAGACAAUAUGGGCGGUGAACACCCUUCUUCAGACUGCAACGGUGUACCCUGACCCAGAGCAUUUACUGGAAAGUGCCAUAUUUCCUGUUGAGUAUCCAAGUGGGCAGGUCUGUCUCGAGACGUCUCGCACACAUUUCGUUAUUAGGGACCGCAAACCCUUAGCCGAGAUAUUUGCUUCUAAAGUCAAGUUUUUGGACUUUUCUCUUGAUGAAGUUCAUAGGCUCAACAACUUCUUUUCUUGGUUGGGUUUAGAGUCCCGAUAUCUCUCCUCUUCCGUAAAGGAAAUCUCUACUGUUGCCAGCGAUUCUCAAAUCAGAGUGCAACGUCCUGAUAGGGAUAUUAGAAGGAGAGCAGGUGGAAUCUCCAGGGUUGCGUCUCACUUCAACAGUCCUCGUUCGGACGACGUCCAUGGUCUAUACCACAGACUCCGUGCCACCGAAGUAUUCGAAACGCAUGGAAUCUCAUCUGAGAUUCACCUUGUUCAGGAUGGUAAAGCACACAUCCAUGUCAAGUCAUCAAGCGAGCUUCACAUCCGAGAGGCGGCUGGCCACUUACAGAUAUACGUCCCUCUGAGCAAAGAAAGGCAGGAUUUCUGCUAUCACUCGAGUCUCCCAAGGCGUCUUCUGGAGUGGGUUAUGACAGAACCGGAGACACAAAUUUGUGGUGCAAUACCACACCGAGCCAUAAGUGCAAUGAGCUCAGCCCUCAACGCACCGAUCCAAAGCGUAUCACAGAUUCUAGAGGCAGAAGGGAUUAUUGACUUGGACGGUAUAAAUGAAGACGAUCAAGGCCAUGAUUUCAAAGGGACUUUUGAUGCCUCGCCUCCACCUGUGGCAGACUUUCAACUCCAAGGUUUCGCGGUUGAGAUGCCCAUAAGACCCUUCUCUUUGACGGGAUCCCGUCCCGUUUCCGGACCUGCUGUUACUCAUCCUACGUUUACGCAGCAGACAAGUACUCCCGCUUCACCUGAUAGUAACAGAAGUUAUCGCUUGCAGCCGACCUCACCUGUCGGAGCGGCCGCCGCAACCCAACCAUCGGACAUCUUUCAUUUUGGGCAAAUAUCCACGGCACCCACUGCUACGACCUCGCCCAGAUCCGAUUCGUUUGGCGUAGAGUAUCUGAGAAUACUUAACAACGUUAUCUUUGCUGCGCGGCGUAGAUCUUUUCCUGACUUUGGUUCCACAAGAACGGGACAGUCAGUAGAAUGGGCCUCGACCCCUGCUUCCAGUCCGUGGAUACCUCCAGGAAGUGACAAGAAGAUCGGCGCCGCGGGCGAGCUCUUCGUUUAUGAACUGCUCUCGCAUCUCAAUCCCUCACUUCCGGGGUUCGGCAUGGACAAUUGGCAAAGUACGAUGCGAAAACAUGUAGCUGUCCAUCCCGAAUAUUCCUACGUGACUCCUUGGGAAGGUCAAGAGACUGCCGACAUCGUCUACGACGACAGGUCUGGAGUUCUAACCAAGAUUCUUAUCGAAAAGGGGUAUUUGGAGCGAACCAAGUGGAUCGGCAAGAAACCGCAAUACUUGAUCGAAGUCAAGACUACGCCCGGCGAUGCUUCAAGGCCGUUCUUUGUGAGCAAGUAUCAGUACAACAGGAUGAGGUCUUACACAGAUGCGUCAACGUCCCCGGGUGGAACUUGCACAGUUUACAUGCUACUCCGAGUCUUCAACCUUACUGCCUCGGACAUUGACUUUAAUGUCUACAUGGACCCGUAUGCUUUACAGCAGGACGGCACACUGGUCUUCACGGAACAUACUUGGCAGGUGGUCCCAGUGCAAGGCAAUAGAGCUGCUUGACGACUUUGAGUCUUCUACUGUUGGAAGUUGUCUGAGGCCACGGACUGUAUCUUCCAAGGCCCAGGUGAGAGUUUGACUGAUGC